GUGAUUGUUUGGGAGAAGGGAAACAUAUAAAAGAGGAGGGAGCAAGUGAGGGAGCAAGUGGAGGAAAGACGAGGAGAAAGGAACUCACUCACAUUUUGACAAAGAUUACAAACUUCUGCAAACAACAGACAGCAUGAUGCCGGCCAGCAGAGACCUUCCUCUUCCUCUGGUGAUCCUUUGCCUGGUUCUCAUCAGAGGUUACUCUCCCCUGCCUACGACAGGAGUUACAGGCACAGAUCCAAUGGGACCCCAAAGACCACGUGGGAGUUUGACUGAGGCCCUUAUGCUUGCCUCAGAUGAUUACUCUAUAUAUGAAGACACAGUCACCACUAUUUUACCAAACAGAGUAUCUCCAAAUAAAGGGACCCUUAACAAAUGCGACUACAAUUCCUGUCGGGAGAGUCAGAUCCCCUGUGCUGAGCUAAGAGCCUCCACCGGCUGCUUGUGUCCAGGGUUUACUUUACAUAAUGUGGCUCCAGAGGCUCCGGAGGUGAAAUCAGUGUCCUGGAAUGGGUCAGAGGUUGUAAUUCAUUGGUGUGCACCUCAUUCAGUUGUCACAGGUUACAUUGUGACAAUAGGGGGGCAAGAGAGGCAGAAGUUUGGGAUGGACAAAAGGAGUGGUGGAGUGGGCAACAUAGACAACAUCUCAGAGGUUUGUGUGCUCGCAGUGAAUGAUGCUGGAACGAGUGGUACGUCCUGUAAAAUGUACCAGUCCAACAGCAGUCACAACAGUCUGACUCUGACAGCGGGACUCAUCGGGGGAGCUCUGGGCUUCUUGCUUCUCCUCUUGCUGGCUGUCCUGCUCUGGAGGCACAAGAGGCAGAGGAAACAGCAGGCCAGCAUCUCUAUGCAUGACACAGCAGAGACACAGUGAACAGGAAACAGAGUGAGACUGGACGCCCAGUGAGAUAAGACUCUGUCCCAUGAGACUCCUCAGCCUCAUCGCAGUUAAUUAACUGUGACUAGAUUAUAAUGUCUGAGGUUUUCUGUACAAAAAGGAUUUCUGAAAAUGCAGAAGUAAACAGGUUUCAUCAUCUUAUGUGACUGUAUUCAACUGGAAACUCAUUGGCUAAUUCUUGUUUCAUAUUGAAAACCCCUUGGAAGUUCCCACCGCCACGAUUUGCCAACUGUUGGAAAAUAUUACAUUUAUUAGCUUAAUGAAAUCCAGAAGAUUAACAAACAAAAAUGCUUAAUUUAUGUGCAUUUCAAAAGCUCUGAAAUAUUAGAUGUCAGGACUUCUUGGGUCAGCACGCAGUCCAUGCUUGCAACUGCUAGACUGAGCAACUGCUUAUAGCAGCAUAGAUCAUUCGUUAAUAGGAUAAAACAUCCAAAACCAUCAGUACAGUAAUUUAUAUUUAUUUAUUCCUUGAGAGAAUUGAAUGUUUAGUUUUGUAUCAGUGCAUUUUUCUAGUAAUCCAAUGAGUUUUUACAUGUUUUAUUUAGCUUAAGAAGUAGCAGAAUUUUCUCAACCUAUGAACACGUAAUCCUUAAAUUUAUCACAAAAACUUAAAAUAAUCAAAUUUUGAGGAUUUUUCUUUGAGCAGUGUAGUUCAUGUGAUGGACACAAGAUGAAGUGCUCUAAAUCAAAAGUACCCACUGACACAAAUCAGGAAGUUAUUUCAAAGUUUUAAUAGUAUUACAUUUAUACCGGAGAAACCAGCUGAUGGUUACAAAGGUUUAAAUGAUAUAAUAUUAUUUGUGGCCAUGUCAGAAUAAUUUAAUCAGGUAGGAUCAAAACACACUGUACACAGUAGAUACACAGUGUAUCUAAAAAUGUAUAUGGUGUCUAAAACUCUCUGUGAGAGUUCAUGACUAUUUAAUUAAAGAUUGAUUAUGGUUUUAAGGUCUGACAGUGAAUGAUGUCCUGCAUUAUGUACUGUAUUUAUGAGCAUAAUUUGGUCGGUUGCCUUGGACCAUACAUAUGUUAAGAGUUUGAUUUGACUGAUGUCUAAAGCAGACAAAACCAGACUGACUGUUCAAACUGGAGCUACUGUAAUUUAAAAGGUCUGACUGUUUAACUCAAGUAAAACAUUUACUUAGUUGCCAUUACACCCGUGUGUGUGUGUGUUUUCUUUGAUGGGUGUGGGCAUUCUGAGCACAAGUGUUCAGUGCUGUUUUUCCAGCUGUCAUACAAUAGCUUUUCCAGCGGAUAUGGAUUUUGUGAAGUUUGUCUCAUUCCAACUGAGACUUGCAGUCAUUCUGUGCUGUGCUGGUGAGAAGCUUAAGGCUUUUUUUAUUUUUUUGUCUUUUUUUUCUUUGCCAUGAUGAAAAAGAGAAGAAAGUCCAAUAUUUAAAUCCUCACAGUUUAUCUCAUGUUCAAGCCUCCAUCUGCAUGUCUCGCAGCCAUGUUAUAAUUCCUUUUUUGCUCUGGCUGCUGCCACAGAGUUGUUCCACUGCUCCUGGCGUCUCUCUCAUUCCAACUACACUGCACAACUUACAGCACACAGAGCUGUAUGGAAGUCAUCUAACAUCUGUAAUUUGGAGACAAAACAGAUUGUUCAUUUCAGUCGCCGAAACAGCCUCAAGAUGUUGCUUUUAUGACACGUAUUUAGAGUGUCAAACUGGGUGGGAAAUCCUGACACGAAUGGGCGACUAGGUGACAAAGUGCAUAAACAUGGGCGUGCAAUAUGAUGUGCUAGUAGCAGCCUGUUUUAACCAGACCAAGAUGUAAUGUACCCCAUGCAGAAUAGGUUUAACAAGAGCUCUUCCAGAACAGCACAACAUGUACUUACAGAUGAACAAAUAUACAUGUAUGUGUAUCUUAUUUGAAAAAUUAUGUGGUGAAGUUUAAAUAAACUUUUUAUUUUAA